GCAACGGGGUCGAGAAAGGGCUGGAAGCACACGAAAGCUGUGAUUUGAUUGUGUGUUUUUUUAGUUUUUUUUUUAGUCCUACACUGGCCGUGUGCGGUGGCUAUUUUUGAUGAUGCAUGAAUAAUAUCGCAGGGCCACUGCUUUUUCAAGUUUUUCCAAGCGAAUGAGAAACGCGGAAAAUCCAAGGCGUUCAUGAUCAGCACAAGUCCAGUGUCGGCCUUAUCUGCACGGUUAUUUGUGUUGUUGAAAGAGACGGCGCACUCCAACUAGCUAACUAAGCUAGCUGUUACUACGCGAGCAGAUAUCUUAACCGCUGCGCCCGAAGCCAAAAUUUCAGAAGUAUCAAAAACCAGCACUUCUGAAAUUAGUGGGCGUUUUUCUUUGGUUCGGACGACAUCUGAGUGAUCCCUGUGAAGACACAUCUGCAAACCUCUUCAGAUGUGUUCCACGGUCUAAAUACUACAUCUGGUUAAGGAGAACUCAGUCACUCCCCCAUCGAGAGUUGCAGCGACACCACUCAAGAUGUCUAUCACUAACACGCCUACAAGCAACGAUGCCUGUCUGAGCAUUGUGCACAGCUUGAUGUGUCACAGGCAGGGCGGUGAGAGUGAGACCUUCGCCAAGCGGGCCAUUGAAAGUCUAGUAAAAAAAUUGAAGGAGAAGAAGGAUGAGCUCGACUCUCUCAUCACCGCUAUCACCACGAACGGAGCCCACCCUAGCAAGUGUGUCACCAUCCAGAGGACAUUGGACGGGCGUCUGCAGGUGGCUGGACGCAAAGGUUUCCCUCAUGUAAUCUAUGCCAGAUUGUGGAGGUGGCCAGAUCUGCAUAAGAAUGAGUUGAAGCAUGUCAAAUACUGCCAGUUUGCCUUUGACCUCAAGUGUGACAGUGUUUGUGUCAACCCCUACCACUAUGAAAGAGUGGUGUCUCCUGGUAUAGACUUAUCAGGGCUGACGCUGACGAGCUCUGUUCCUAGCACUGGGCUCCUGGUCAAGGAUGAGUACGAUUUUGAGGGCCAGCCCAGUCUAUCUUCUAUUGAAGGAGGGCAUUCUAUUCAGACCAUCCAGCAUCCCCCCUCCAGCAACCGCCCGGCCCCCUCGGAGUCCUUUGGCACCCCUGCCUUGCUCCCCCCCACUGAGGCCUCCACCUCCGCCUCGACAUCAUCUUUCUCUGCCAUUGGUGCUGGAUCAGGGAAUGCCAGCUCUACCUGGUCCAGAAACAGCAGUUUCACACCCAACAUGCCUCACCAUACCAACGGUCAUCUACAGCAUCACCCUCCCAUGCCACACCCUGGACACUAUUGGCCAGUGCAUAACGAGCUAGCCUUCCAACCUCCCAUAUCCAACCAUCCAGCCCCUGACUACUGGUGCUCCAUUGCUUACUUUGAGAUGGAUGUUCAAGUUGGUGAGACAUUUAAAGUACCCUCCACCUGCCCCAUUGUAACUGUGGAUGGAUACGUUGACCCCUCUGGAGGAGACAGGUUCUGUCUGGGCCAACUCAGUAAUGUACAUCGGACGGAGGCCAUUGAGAGAGCAAGGUAG